AUGAACAAUUAUGAAGAAAUCAAACAUUGGUUUGAAUUGCUGUCGACUAUGAUCUUGUCAGACAAGUCAACAGAAAUGUGUAAAGCAGCAAGUAUGGAAAUGAAAUCAUACCUAAAAACAAACCAUGGAUUAGUUGAGUAUGAAAUUGAAAAGUUUGAUGACGGUCAAAAUUACUCUUGUGGUAAAACCACUGAUACCUCGUAUUAUGCCGAACGAAAGAAAUCUGCAUUUUAUCAUGAUUUUAAACAGAUAUUUGACAGUGUAAAAAAAUAG